CAACCCCAGAAUUCUUUCAAACCCGAGAAGAAGUUCUUCAAAUUAUUGGCAAAGGGUUUCUCGGACAAUACAACCCUCUCACCCCGGAAAGCCUGGAAGAUAAAGUCUUGCAAGACCCAGAGUUUUUAAGACCCUCGCCAUACAAGACCAGUUGAUGGACGAAGCCAUAACUCAGUUACAGAAAUAUGUGUCCAACUGCAGCUGGCUGGAACAUAUUUAUCAGUUUUGUAAAGAACUUGAGGACGACUUGGUGAAUUUAAAAACCAUGUCUUCAGAAACAAUACAGGAAAAGCUUUCCAUGUUGGACAUGUCGAAGGAGGCCGUUUCCUGUUGCACCAGUGUCACAAGCACCAAUAGAAUGAUCUGGCUCGACUGCUCAGGGAUUCACCAAUUCCUCGUCCCUUGGAUCGAUGCCAUUUAUCAGCAAAUAACCGAUUUUGUGAUCAACAAAAGAGGCGAGAACUUUGUGACACUGCAGAAGAGAAUGGCUGAAAUCUCAAAGGCUCUGUUACAAAAACCAGGAAGACUGGCAGAAUUUGUUGAUUAUGUUCAGUUGUACAGGAAACACCUGAAGGAUAUUCCUCAAUGCAAAGAUGAUAUGGAGUACACCGAAGAUUUGUACAAUAUAAUUAGUCGAUAUUUCCGGGAACAGACCAUUGAUGAGUUCAGAGAAAACCGCGCUUUGUGGAAGCAAUGGGCAGAAUUUCAGAAACAAAUGUCAGACGUCAACAGUUAUGUCAGUGCGCAAACACCAUGGGCCAUAUCGGAAUCAGACGAAAAAUUUAAAAAAUUGGAGAUUUGUGUCACCUUGUUACACCAGAAAGCAAUGGGGGGUAAGUUUUUGGACCCAUCAAACCCCGCUUCGGCCAUGGUGGACGAGAUCAAAGAGAUCCGUCUCGAAUUCCAAGGGAAUCAAGAAAGCCUGUUAAAUCUGAAUAAAUGGAAAAAAGCUAUCUGUGGUGAAUCGUACGAUCUGAGCUUCCUAAACGGAAUGGUCACCGAAAUGGAUGCCCGCUUUGACCUGUGGAAAUACCUGAGAAGCACAAUUGAACAUACAAGUGAAUGGAAGAAGAUGCUGUUCAAGAAGAUGAACGUUAACCAAACCCUGCAAAAGAUAGAAGAAUGGAAAACCGCAGCACAGACGCUCAAAUCCUUGCUGCCAUUUGGCGAUAAUGUCUUGAAGUUUUGGGAGCAGCAUUUGGACAAUUUCAUAAGACCCUUACCACUUCUGGAAAUCAUGUCUUCUCCCUUCCUCAAGUCCCGCCAUUGGCAGUCCAUGUUUGAUGGAAUGGGAGCUGUGUAUGAUGUCACGAAAGACUACAUCGUUGAAGAACUGAUAUCUCUAAAGUUGGCCAAACACGAACAGACAAUCAUGUCCAUUUAUCGUACGGCCGUUGCUGAACAUGACUUGGAAAUACGAGUGAAGAAAAUGAAGAGAGAAUGGGAACAGUUGAGGUUCAAACUUUUCAAGUACAUCCCAGACAGUUUAAAGAACACGACUAGAAGUGAACUGGAGUCAAGCAAUGAAAGUCAGAUCAAACCCAACUUCAGAUCAAUUCUAUCAAUCAGAGAUGAUUAUUAUAUUUUGACUGGAGUUGACGAACUCAAGAUGAAGCUAAUGGAUGAUUCCAUUAUCUUGAAGACAAUGCUAAAUUCUACAAUCCUUGGAGAAAUGCAAACUGAAGUCGAGGUUCUUGCUACAACGCUACACCAAAUUGAAGAAAUCACACACUUAUGGAUCACAGCCCAGAAUAAGUGGAUGUACCUCAUUAAAGUGUUUGAGAAACCAAGUAUCGUUAAAGAAUUUGAACUACACACCAAUAUGUUUGAAUUCACGGUUCACAACAAAUUUAAAGACUGGAUGCGUGCGGUAAACGCUGACCCCAAGGUAAUGUCGGUCUGCCCCAAAUCAAUGAGUGAGAAAGAUCAUCGUGUCCUCCAGGGAACUAAGUUACGGAAAAUGUUGCUGUCGAUUAUUGAAACCAUGGACACCAUUUUGAAGAGGCUGCAACGACUCUUGGAUGAAAGUCGGAUGGAUUUCCCACGUCUCUUCUUCCUCAGCGACAACGAGGUGACAGACCUACUCGCAGUCUCCGACAGACCGGAGCAACUCGUUCCCAGCGCACGGAAAUGUUUCCCGGGCAUCUUCAAUUUGGCGCUGAGAGUUCCAAAACAAAGGAACAAGAAACCUUCUCGGAUGCUCACGGCUAACGAAUUGUCUAUGAACACUGAAAAACUUGAAGCAUUUGCAAUUAUUGGUGAAAUGGAUGAACUUUUGCCCCUGGCCUCUGAGCCACUAGCGCCACUCCAGUUCAACUUGCAAUGGUUCAAAGAUCUGGAACAGACCAUGAAAGAUACAAUGGUGGACGCACUUACAGAUUGUGUGAGAUUUCGAUUUGAAGAUCUUGGUAUAAUACCGUAUUACAAAGAACCGAUGUCGUUUGAAACCUGGAUCAAUGAGUUUCCCGUGGAGUGCAUCGUUGUGGCCGAGUCUGUGGUGUGGGAAAAACAAAUGAGGAAAUGUCUGGAGCAGAAGUGUGCUUCCAGUUUGGAAGACUUCAAGAAGAUACUCAUUCAGCGGAUUUCCCAUCUAACUGGUCUCCUGCAGGAACUCUUCAACCGAUUCUGUUCUGCUGGAACAAAACAAAGGAAUUUUGCUGUAUUCACAAGCCUGAUUGGACAGACUUUGAACAGGCGAGACCUUAUCCAAGAAAUACUUGACAGUCAAAGUCCUGUGGAUAACAAAUGUUUCGAAUGGAAAAUCUGUUUGAAACACCAAAUGGACUACAAACCAGUUCUGAGGGCCGAACCAGAGAUAGAUCUGACCCCUGAGCUCUCCCUAAAGGCAAACGACAAAGAAGUGGACUUGACUCGCUCGAAAACCAUUGUGAAGACAGCCUACGAGAUGAGCCAAUGCCGGGUCAUACAGCUUACAGUGUCAACACCUUAUGGCUAUGAGUACCUUGGCCCUAAGUCAGGGUUGAUGUUCGUUCACAAUCCUCUGACCGACAGGGCCAUGCUCUCGCUUACGCAGAGCUUGAAAAACUACCAAUGUGCGGCCAUCACAGGGGCAUCGUCGGUUGGCAAAACAGACACAAUUAAGGAGUUUGCCAGGUUAUAUGGUCAAUGCCUGUUCACCAUCUGCUGCAGUCCCCUGCUGACCUGUGUCCAUAUUGUCCAGUACCUCACCGGCCUACUCACAAGUGGAUGCUGGGCCCUUUUCGACAAUGUUAACCGAAUACCAACAGAUGUAAUGUAUCUAAUGAGUCAACAUCUUGACCAUAUUCAGUCGGUCCUCAGAGACCUGCAGUUGGUUCAGAACUCACAAUACACAAUCAGAGGUCAACCAAAGUUUGAUAAGAAAACUGAUGGUUUGGACGGUCCAUUGAUACGGAGGAACUCUUUGACAACACUUCAUUCUUUGGAAAAAGUUGUUACGUCUGCUGACACUGUGGCACCUGUUCAAAGACAGAGGACAGUACCCCAUGGUUACAACGAUAAAGGAUUGAUAACAUUCUUUGCGGAUGAAUGGGUCUCCGAGAGAUCACAAAGACGAAAUUCCCUCAAGGAAGUGAUCAAUAUCAGAGAUUCGAAAAUGUACCGCAGAAAGAAACCACCGCCACUGGAGUAUGAACACAUAAAACCAUCCAUGUUGCAGUCCACAGCAGACUUCACCAAACUGAAACAGAAGGCAGAAUUUCAUCAAGAAAUUUUAGGUCACAUUAACUUUGGUGGUCGUUUCCUCCAGGCCUGUUCCAGUUAUGGUUGUUUUAUGACCCUCAACACUGCUGAGAUGACACACCAAAAUAUUCCGGAUUGCUUCAGGUUGUUGUUGCGUCCUUUCUCUCUGAUAGAACCAGAUUACGAAACAAUUGCUCGGACCUAUCUCUACAUUUGUGGCUUCCACACACCAAACAAAAUGGCACAGAAGAUUAUUCUGUUCCUGAAGAUGUUUCAGACUUGGCAACCGCCAAAGGUCCAGUUUAAUACUUCAAACUUGAGUUGUCUCACAAAGAUUUUGUCAGCAGUGAGGGUCAUUGUGGAAAAUGAAAAUAUCCUUCUACAGAAAGAAAGACAAGAUCUUUGUUCCUUGAUGACCGAUGAAGAGAAGAUAGUGAUGAGGAGCAUCGUGAAGGUUCUGCGUCCGAGUCUCAUGGAGGGAGAAGAGACUGCGCAGUUUGUUAGAACUCUGCGAGACGUCUUCAGGCUGUCGAUGCCAGAGAACGACAUGAAGGAUGCGGUGCUGCAGGAAGGUUUGAAGGAUCACCUGAAGGAGACUUUCUCGGACUUCUCUCAAGGAAUGUUGGAUAAGCUGAUUGAACUGUAUAGCUGCUGUGGUCAGACAAACCGAAGCACAAUUCUAUGUGGCCCUUCCGGGAGUGGCAAAAGCACAAUGUUAAACGCUCUGGUACACACGCUCAACAUGCUCAGCUACCAGAUGUCUGGACUGGAUCCCGAGGAAGAGAGAAGAAAACAGAAGUCCCAUGGAUCACCAAGAUUUGAUGUAAAAUCAAGGAAAAGGCUCCAACUCUUGCGAGAAACCAUUGCAAAUUUCCAACCACCUUUGAAGAUCGUUGACAAGCUGGGUUUGUCCGAGAAAUAUAAGAAGAGCUGUUACCCUCGCAUCUAUAAGUCAUAUAUAUAUCCCAGUUCGAUGUCGCCUGAGGAGUUUAUUGGUCAUUACAGCCCUUAUGGAUGGCAGACAGGAUUCUUGUGUCAAGAACUGGACAGAAUUUCUCCAAGCAAAACCGGAAAUGCUUUUGAAUUUAUCGAUCAUGUUCCGAAGUCUUUUGGAUAUUCUCAAGUCUGGUUCGUCUUUGACGGACCGUUGCAUACGUCCUGGUGUGAUCCGAUAUCGGGUUUGUUUGAUGCGUCUCGCACGUUGGUGCUUCCAAACGGUGAAACGUUUGUGUUGAGUGAAGAUACCAAGAUAAUUAUGGAGACUGACAGACUCAGCUCUGCCUCUCCUGCCAUGCUGAGCCAGUGUUUGGUCGUGUUCUGUAACACCACAACUUUCCAAUGGACCACCUACUUCCAGGCGUGGAGGAAAGACCUCAAGUUUAAACCUUACUUGACAGAGAGCAGUUUGGAGAUUCUACAAAACCUUGCUGAUGACAUGGUUCCACCAACAUUGAAUUUCCUCCAAGACAAAGCUCUCCUCGGCUCCAACGUCUGCUCCAACUUAGACAGCAAAUAUCAAGAUUCUGUUGUUGGACUACACGAGAUGACAGCCUUUCUUGACCUUUUGACGGUUUUGUUUGACAAAUAUUUCAUGAGGCCCGACAUAACCACCGCAAACUCUGCAGGCAAGUUGUUCGGCAUGGUUGUGAAGUAA